AUGAGUCGCUUGAAUUUGGACACCUCGAUCGCAGGAGAUCGCAACCAAAGAUACUCGUUUAUGGAAACGCCGCUCGAAAUGCACCCAGCAUCCCACCAGCGGGACUUCCAAUCGCCUCCCACAGCGGACCCGAUCGCACCCCAGCAUUCUCAGGUCAAAGAACCCCAGACACAGCACCAGCGAGCGUGGUCAUACGCACCAAGUGAGAAGGAGCAACUGUAUCAGGAUCAGGGGAUAAUUCCAGACAACCGUCCGCCUCUCGAGGAGCACCCUGCCAAUUAUCCACCUUUAGCCCAACUGCAGCAGCAACAACAGCAGCAGCAACAGCAGCAGAACCGUCCACAGCUCCAUCAUAGCGCUUCCAUGCCGCUUCAAUCAUAUGCGACACAGAUAUACACCGCACAGCAGCACCGAUGGCCCCAAAAUAUCGGCAUGACCAUAUCACCCCAGUACGCGAAUGCACCCGAGCACCAACGUCACGGCACCCCGAUGUCCCCUCUCUCAUAUACCAGCCAUCCAUACGCACAGUCGCAAACAAACAUCCAAGAGCAGCAGCGCAGCACCCAAAUGUCUCCGAUGUCCCACCAAAACUUCAUGUACACAGAUCCCCCCAGCUCGCCCCCGGGUUCGCCAGGCCCACUACCCUUGAAAGUGAACCCGGAAGCACCAUCAAGAAGCGAAACCGUAACCAUUGUACCAGACGCAAACCCGCUGCAGUCGCCUACGUCCCCAUAUUUCCCGCCACCAACCAGAGCAGCGACCUCACAUGAUCCCCCAUCCAACGACCUAAGCGCAUACCACCAGCCAGGCCAGAGCCUCCAUCCAAACCAAGAAGUAAAGGGCGGAGGCUGGAGUAACGGACUCUGCGAAUUCUCGAACUUCGGCAUCUGCUGUCUGGGAUUGAUCUGUCCAUGUAUUCUGUACGGAAGAACGCAGCAUCGACUGUCCAUGAAGUCGAAAAGGGAAGAUCCGACUAACAUGCUCGGCUACGAGACCUGUAAUGGCUCCUGUACCGCGAUGGGACUGCUAUGUGGUUGUCAAUGGCUCCUUGCCACCGUCCAACACACCAGAACUAGGAAGGCAUAUGGUAUACAGGGCAGCAUUGCGUCAGAUUGCGUACGAGCGUCGUGCUGUACGUGCUGCACGUUGAUUCAGGAUGAGAAAGAGAUCCAGAAGCGUGAGGAGUACCGCGCUCGCGCGGCGAGGGAACGGGGGGCUACGUUGCUCUCGCCGUAUACCACGCCCGGACAGAUGUCAUAUGGUCCGCCGAAAUGA